CCGCACCGCCCACCAAACCAACGUUCCCCUUCCAGUUCCUCGCCGUCUUCCCUUCCUCCCCCAAAGCUCUCGUCCCCACCUCUCGCAGCCCCUCGCCAUCAUCCCUUCUUCUACCCCAAAUCCCCAAUCCCUCGCCCCCACCCAUCCGAGCUCCCAUGGCCGAGCCACCACCCUGGGCGGACGGCCUCCCCGACGACGCCCUGCGCGAGAUCGUCCGCCGCGUCCCGUGCGCCAUCGACCGAGGAAGCAUGGCCGGCGUCUGCCGCGAGUGGCGCACGAGGCUCGCAAGACUCCCGCGCCCGCCGCCCCAGUUCCCUUGGCUCAUCGUCUCGUCGGACGACUCCACCCGCGCCUACUGCGUCCUCAGCGGCGGCUGCGUCCACCACUACCGCACCAACGCGCCCCCGCACGGCGCGCGCUUCUUCGGCUCGUGCGAAGGCGCCUGGCUCUUCCUCGCCUUCGACCAGACUUCCGACAACGAGCUCGUCAACCUCCGCCAUGACAGGACCCUCCUCGCCCCAGACACGUUCCGCCUGGGGGAGGACGACCCCUUCGCCGACGGCCACGACAUGGCCAUCCUCGCCGCCGCCCUCUCGUCCCCACCGGACAAGAAAAAUUGCGUGGGCGCCUGCAUCAUCUCCCGUUGGCCGGCCGCCCCCGCCCCGCGCCGGUUCGCGUUCUGGAACGUGGCGUUCGAGGGCGUCGCCUACGAUGUCAUGCCUGACCCUGACCCAAGUCCGCCGCAAUUGGAGGUUGAGGACGUCCUAUGCCGCAACGGGGUCUUCUACUUCCUCACCCAAGGAGAACACAUCCGCGUGUGCAAACCAGUUCCUGAUGAAGCGGCUGGGCCUCUCCAAGUGGUUUCGGAUGUACGCUACUUCCAGCCCGAGGGGCGCAACUACCAGGACCCCGUCCGUGCUCGGUACCUGCUGGAGUCCCGGGACGAGCUGCUGAUGGUCGUCAGGUUCGCUUCCGAUCCUGAUUCACCGACCUCGGGCUUCAUGGUGUUCCGAGUGAAUGGACCGCGGGAGCAAGAGGGUGACCAAGUGGAGGUUGAGUACCCCUGGUCUUGGGACGAGUUGGAGUCGCUGGGUGGCCGGAUGCUGUUCGUGGGGCGAGGCUGCUCCAGAUCCUACGAGGUUGUUCAGUACCCGGGGUUCAAGGACGGCAUCUACUUCUUGGAUGAUCGGUGCUUCUACGACAAGGAGAUGAUGUUCCACCGUGCCGACGAGAGGCGGUAUCCUUGCAACGACAACGGGAUGUGGUCGCAAGGGCCGGCUCCCAAUGUCGAGCUCUUCUUCCCGGAGCAGGGCCCUUCGGACCGCUCUCCGCCGGCGUGGCUUGUGUUAUCCCAAUGGCAUGCCAAACAUCUACCGCUGGAUUUGGUGCUUCGAAUCAUCCGCCAAGUGAUCUGCGACACCGACCGCGUCCGCGCGCUCCGUGCGUGGUGCCUGAAGCUGUCAGAUUCAGAGCUCGGGGCGCGGGCCAUACAGCCACAGCUUCCGUGGUUCCUCAAGCCAUCCUCUAGAGGUACCGCAAUUUGGUGUCUGACAUGCGGCAACCACUCGAUGAGUGCAAAGCACAGCACGGGCGCCCCCCUCGACGUCCGCCACGCUCGAUUCUACGGGUCCUUCGAUUGUCGGUGGUUGUUCUUCGUGCUGAAGACUGGUCAGCACAUGAUGGGCAACUUACUUACGGGAGAGAGGCACCAUCUACCCGAUCAGAUCACUUUUCACCAGGGAGGCUCAUACCCCCAGAGUAUCCUCGCCGCCUCCGGACUUGAAUUCGAACAGUAGCUGUAUUGGAGCUGCAAUCGU